GUCAAUCAAUUCCACGAUGUUUACAUCCUGAAGAAAUGCUUCUCCUCACUUACAUCUGAUGGGAAAUCGAUUGAAGUUUGAAUGAUCGGCUGAGAACAUGGACAAUUCCACUGGAUGCAAAGAAAAACUUAAUUCUACUUGGGAUUCAUUUAAGCUCCAUAAAGUCCGGGAUGAAGAGGAAAGUCAAACGACGUUGAUGGGAGUAGUGAAGUUCCUUUGCUGGUUGAUUAUUGGACUCCUCGUUCUGGGUCUUGCCUUCCUCAGCAGGGCUUCUCUUUUGCUGCUAAUUUCGGCCACAGGCGAUGGUUCUGUCCAGUUUGUCAACAAGCCCUUCAGUCACCUAAUCCUUGGCUGCGUUUUGAUCAUUCCCAGCAUCUUGACCGCCGCAAAAUGCCUGUGGAAACACUCACUCCGCCCCGAGCCAAUGCUCGCCGCAAGCAGCCUGAUAACGGUGUGCCUGCUGGAAGCAGUUGCAUCCUUUGGUACGGCAUCGCUGGUUGUCAUCUGCCUUCCCCAAUAUGACAUCCUGACAAUGGUGUUCAUUUCCAACAGUAUUUGUCUCAUCCCAUCCAUACUACAAGUGAUCUCUCUGAACAUCAGCCAUGGCUUCAAAGUUGCAGCACCUCUGGCCGGGCUUCUCCUUCUCUUGGGCGGCUAUAGUCUCUUUCUCUUUGUCCAGAUGUUUUACCUGAGGAGACACGAUGGGAUGUCCUUGGGUCUUGUCAUUUUAUUCUCAGUUUUAACUUCCCUAACCUGGUGGGAGAACUUCAUCUCCAACUGGAAGCAUCCAGUAUUUAGACGUCUGAGAUCUGACGUGGAUAAAUGCAGGAACGUGAUGAGCCUGUGCAUAAGUGUAGUGAGAACUCUUGUUACUGCCUGUGUUGUGGGAGCUUUGAUUCCUCUUCGGGGGCUGGAGUGGGCAACUAUCACUGACGUUGCAUCCCAUGAACUCAGAAUAAUCCUGGGCCUUCUGGGGGUGCAGGCGGGGGCAUCGGUCUUGUGUUCCUGGUUUGGGGGCGUUGCAUGUAAGAUCCACGCUGUGAAGCGAAGCUUUGGUCUCCCUUUGAUCCUCAUUACUCCCGUGGUGCUGGCUGCUUUCCUGUUAGUGUUUAGUGUUCAUUACAAUGAGUUUCUGCAGACAAACAACGGUUUGAAUCUCUCAGAUUUCUGUGCCAGUUCCAUUGGUGUUGAUAAUAAUACACCUCGUGUGGAGGUCCUGUAUUCAGAAAUCAUUCGCAGCAUCUGCAACCUGGGAGAUAUAGUCAAUGUGCUCAGUGUGAGUUUAGUGGGAGCUGCUGGGGUGUGCUGGUGGGUUGGACUCAUCCUCACAACAAUCUACGUGUGGACCCAGAACGUCAACAGAAUACAGCGGACGUCAGAGACCUUUGUUCGGAGAAUGUACGAAGCUGCCUUCUUGGAACAAUCCAUGCUGCUGAAU